AUCGGUCGCAGGAAAUACUGCCGCCAUCUUGGAGCGGUUGUCCUGCCCACUUGGCUAAACGACAUAGCAGAAGAUGUCCCAGUACUGCGGGAUAUUUUUGUUAAAAUCGACGGACUAUUGACGUGAGGGCUCGGUGGAUAACGUUUCACAACAGGGGAGGAUCUGGAGAGGACGGGCUCACCGGGCUGAAUAUUAGCACCUACCGACCCGGGAACCUCUCCCACUUCUCCUCCACCUUUCCUCUCCUGCCGGGGUCUAAACCCGGGUUUUCUUUCCACGUCCGACAUGGCGGGUCGGCUUGUCCUUCAGGGAGUUCUGGUUCUUUGUUUGGUGCAGGCUGCACACACAGGCGGAAAUGCGCCUCAGAACGGCGGCAGGGCGGCAUCAUUCCUGAUCCCAUCGAAAGGUUAUGGAGCUGGGGUGAACAAAGGAGUUGGAAUAAAUGGAGGAAGAACUGGAGCCGCUAACGGAUAUGGAGCAAAAGCCGGACCAGCAAAUCUACAAAAAAUGAAAGGUUUUGGUGCUCAAGCCGGUGGAUAUGGCAGACAAGCAUCUAAAGGCAACGGUAACGGUGCUGCAGCUGCUUCACAAAGUGGAUUUGGAAGAAAAGGCAACGGGUAUGGAGUUAUAUCUGGACCAACCACUCUACAACAAAUCAAAGGCUAUGAGGCUCCAGCUGGUAGAUAUUUAGGACAAGCAACCAAAGACAACGGUUACGGUGCUCAUGCUGCAGCGUACGGUGGGCAAGGAGAUAAAGGCAAUGGUUACGGGGCUCAAGCCGGUGGAUAUGGAGGACAAGGCACUAAAGACAACGGUCAAAGACUUGUAGCUGGAGCGUCCAGUAGCAACGGAGCAAGGCCAAAUGGUCAGGGACAUGGAGGGAACUACCUGAAGGGAUAUGGCCGACCUCAUUAUAGUCCAGCUGUGGGAAUGGGACAGAUCAGAGGCCCCCAUCCUGCCAGAGACCAAGGGAAUGUGUAUGGUGGUAAUGAUUACAGAACUCAUCCAACUAAAGGUUUCAGUGGAGGUUAUGGUGGAGCUGGUUUGGGACUGGGAUCUCUGUAUGGAAAUGGAAAUGGCGUAAAGGGACCAAUGAAAGGUUACAGUGCUUCCGCUGGUGCAUCCAAUGGACAAGGUUCACAAWCCAAUGGUCGUGCUGGAGUCAGAUCACCAAAUGGGUUUGCAAAUUCAAGGACUGGAGCUGCCAAGGCUGCUAAAGCAGUGCCUGACAUUAGAACAUAA